AUGUCCUCACAAACCUCAGAAACACAAGAAGCGCCGAAGCCGGUCGAGACAUCCCCCUUGCUCUCUUCCGCCGGCCAGCCAGGAAGCACAGAGACACGCGACCAACAGCCACCACAGCAGCCACCACCCGUCAACACUGACGUGCAACCCGCCAAGAACGGCAACAACAGCAACAGCAAAACGCCCAUCCAGCAACUGCCAAAGGUCGACACGGACCUGUCGUGGGCGACGCCCGCCGGGCUGCGGAUGAGGGACAACAACGACGACAGCCAGGUUCUACUCAUCUUCCGGCGGGCGGUCGGCAUCAACAGCGACCGCGCGAGCACCUUCACGGACGCCGAGACGCUCGAGAAGGGGCGGCGGCACGCGGUCGGCGUCUACAGGCACGUCAUCGAGCAGAGGCGGCGCAAGAAGCUGCUGCACCACACGCUGGGGAUCAUCCUGUACAUCUCGCACUUCAUCCAGAUCAUCGUCGCGGCGGUGCUGACGGCGCUGGGCCCCAACGCCAAGAACUACGAGGUGCCCAUCACCGUGCUGGGCGGCGUCAACACCGUCGUCGCCGGCGUGCUGGCUAUCCUCAAGGGGUCCGGGGUUAUCGAGCGUCUGUCAAAGGACGAGGUCGAGUUCGCCAAGCUGAAGGACUGGAUAGAGGAAACGGAGGCUAUGAUCUCGGUCGGGAUCCUGGGCAGGAGCCGCAAGGACGUGGGCGUACUGGUCGAGCAGGCGUUCCGCAAGUACAACGCGUGCUUCGGACAGGCUUACGAGGUCAUGUCGUCCUCCAACAUCCAGGGGCUGAGCGACCCCAGGGAAGGCGAGAGGUGA